AGAAAGUAGAAGCGAACUGAGGGGGAGAGGAAAAAGUUCGCAAGGAGAGGCAGGACUACUCUUGGGAGCCCUGCAGUCUCACUUUUAUGCCUCCAAAAUACUUUACUUCCAGUUUCUUUGCAUCUAGCAAUAUUGUUAUAGUAUUUUCACAAGAAUAAUCCGGCUUUGUAAAAACUGAAACGACCAUGGAGCUGCUUUGCCUCGAAAUGGACACCAUUUUAAGAGCUCGUCCUGAUCCGAAUAUUCUGUGUGAUGACAGGGUAUUACAAAGCCUGUUGACCAUUGAAGAACGAUUUAUUCCCCAAUGUUCUUAUUUCAAGUGCGUUCAGAAAGAUAUUCAGCCAUUUAUGCGGAGGAUGGUUGCUACUUGGAUGCUGGAGGUUUGUGAAGAACAGAAGUGCGAGGAAGAGGUGUUUCCCUUGGCAAUGAACUACUUGGACAGAUUUUUAGCCGUGGUUCCAACCAGAAAGUGUGAUCUGCAACUUCUUGGAGCAGUUUGCAUGUUCCUUGCAUCCAAACUGAAAGAAACUCGUCCAUUAACUGCAGACAAACUCUGCAUCUACACUGAUAACUCCAUCAGACCACAGGAGCUGCUGGAGUGGGAGCUGGUGGUGUUGGGGAAGUUGAAGUGGAACCUGGCGGCUGUCACACCAAACGACUUCAUCGAACACAUCGUGAGGAAGCUGCCAUUGCCCGAGGACAAGCUGGCGCUGAUACGUAAACAUGUGCAGACCUUCAUCGCACUCUGCGCCACAGACUUCAAUUUCGCCAUGUACCCCCCAUCGAUGAUCGCCACGGGCAGUGUUGGAGCGGCUAUCUGUGGGCUUCAAUUGGACUCUGGUGACCAGUCUCAGUGGGGGGACAGUCUUACAGACCUGCUGGCCAAAAUCACAAACACAGAAGUGGACUGUCUGAAGGAGUGUCAGGAGCAGAUUGAGAGGGUCUUGGUGAGCAGCCUGCGUGAGGGGCGGCAGCAGCAGCAACAGCAACAUCAGCAGCAGGUCCAGCAUGGCCCCAGCAGUAAGACCAUGGACGAGCUGGAUCAGUCCAGCACCCCAACAGACGUUUGCGACAUCAACUUGUGAGCCUGCAAGAAGCAGUAGCACAUCCGAAAUAAGCAACAAAUCAACAUAAAAAAAAAAAAAAAAACAAACUACCCCUUGAAAAAAGUGCUUGCUAGUUUUUGUAGAGAUUUUUUAUUUUAUUACACAAAAACAUGCGCCCAUAUAUUUUACGAAAUCAAAGCUAUUUUUAGAUAUAAAAUAGAUAUCCUUUAAAAGCUCUGACUUGAUACACGAAAGCUCAAUGGUGCCUCAGAUAUACAGAAGGGAAGCCAAUCAUAUUUUGAGUUCUGUUUUUGAUUGUUUAAUCAUAAUAAAGUUAUAUUGAAUAAGAAACCAAUAGCUUAAUAAGGCUUUUUAAAAAGUAGUGGUGAGUCCAUUCAAGGCUUGCAUAUAUGGGAUCACAUUUGGGGUAAGGUUUUUCUGUUUUGUUUUUUAUUUUUUGUUUUGGUACAUGUUGGUCUGCCUGAGAUAGGAGCCCCAUAUGGGCUACACUGACCGUGAAUGGCAGGGCUCAAUAUGACAUGGUUUGGCUGUGUGUUGGUGAUAAGGGGAGCACUUUGCAUGAAUUGCAGAGUAUUGUGCUAAGAAAGAGACAAGAAGGGUCCCAAAUCCAGGGAACAGCCAAGUAUAUAAUAGUGAAUUACAUUAUUAUUAUUAUUAUUAAGAAACUUAUUUUUGAAUGAAGAGUAAUAGACGUCAAUAAGCUCUUUUUGUCAGGCUGCUUGUUCGUAUGUGUGUGGGCAUGCAUCUCUGUGUGUGAGUGGGUUGGUGUGAUUGCCGUGUGUGUGUGUGAGUGUGUGUGUGUGUGUGUGUGUGUUGGAGCGUUAUGGCUUGGCACUUGAGUGGGAAGACUAGACUGGUGAUAAACUAUGGAACAGGCAGGAGACAGGGAUUAUUUGCAGGGCAUCUAUGUUAUAUCACUGCCUUCAGUUAAUAUGCGUUGUCGGCCAACAGAAAUCUGGGGAUCUGAGUCCCCUUAGUGGGUGGAGGAACGGUGAAAGGGAUGGAGAGAGAGGAGAGAGGGGUGGCUGUGCUCCUUCAUUUUGUCUAAAAGAGUCAGCCGUGGACCCUCUGUUUUAGAAGUUUCAUUUUGAGGUGUUUGUUUUUCACUGCCAACAUACCAAUCAAAUAUUGCCAGAUAGCAUUUGUAUUUUCAUGUUAUUGUUUUGUUCUUUUGGAGUUAUGGAAGGAGCUUCAGGCUGCUUAGUGUCAGUAAGGAGGAGUGUGUGCCUCUAAGUGGUGCCCUAGUAUCUCAGAUGAGAGGAGAGGGGGGAUCCCUGUGGUGGAUGGAAGGGGUUGGGGGUGAACAGGUGUAGAUGGAAAGAAAGGGUUUGUUGCGCUGCAGAAGCAUGCUGCUGUGUAGAGGGAGGAGAUGUAGGUGAGUUGCUGAAGGAUACAGCAGAGGAGCCUAAAGGCCUCAAAUUAUAUCUAUCUGAUUUCUGCGUUUUGGGCAGAUCGAGGCCACAGAUGACGAAUUAGGAUCAAAACCAGAUUUUACGCUGCCAGCUCAUUAAUUGAGAAUGAACUUUAUUGGUUCAUUAGAGGACAGAGAAAUGUAUUGGAGCAGGGGAAGAUUUGUGAUCAUUGCAUCUGUAGUCCCUCAUAGUUGUUUCAACACGCCUAUGAUUUCAACAGCAAAGCACUUAGAAAACAUGCUCCCCAAGGGACAAAUGAAAUGGUUACAGUGUGGGGGUCUAUGGAUGUUUUCUGUUUUCUUGUGAGCUUUUUCUUUGAUUUAAUUUGUAGGGCUGGUUUCCCACAUUGAGGCCUAACACCUUACGAUAUGAGGACAUUCCGAUCUAAAAACAUUCCGAAAAAUGCAAGAUGAAAGGGCCAUCUGACCAUUUCAUGUGUUUUAGCAAAUAAUUAAUGCCAAUGCCAAUUUCAAAAAGGCUACAGACCUUUAUGAUUUCAGUUUUAUGAUUUUGUUUUAGAAGUUAUCACAUUAUGAAAUAUUUGUUAUACUUGAAUUUUCUAUUCGAUCUGCUUCAUAGCAACAAAAAAAGUCACAUGGGCGAUGAACUAUAAAGAAAAUGUUACCAUAACAUCAGAUUUUUGCACAUGUUCUGAGGGCAAUUGAGGUUUUCUUUCAAACAAAUGAAGCUGGUCUAUAUUCAAGGCUACCUUAUUGAUAGUUUUGCUCGUAGAACCUGGCCUAUUGUCUAUGGGGAUACCCCUGUGUAGCUGUCUCUGUGUGAACCCCUCUCCUCCCGAGUGAUUGCUGCUUCAGUCACUUCAUUGGCAUGGGGUUCAAUCAGUUACCCAAACGUCAGAAUUAAACAAAUUCACUUCCAAGACUGACAACAGGGUACAUCGCCAGCACAAGGUAGCUUUCCUUUGACUCACACAAAAUUCUCAAUGCUACAUUUAAAGGGGGCUUUGGUGUGUGUGUGCGCAUGUGUGUGCUUGAGCGUUUGUUUGUGUGUACGUGAGUAUGUGUGUGGUAGGUAGGUAUGAGGGGAAGUUGAGGAUUCAGUGUUUUAGCAGGCUACGUUUUUGAGAAACAAAUCUUAUAAACCAGGCCAUCUUCAACCUCUCAACAAAACUAGCCCCUGUUCAUCAUUGCCAAGAAUGUCAGCCUUUUUUCGUUUUUUUGCAAGCUCUAUUCUGAGCAAAGAUUAUGAUUUGUUUAGUUUUUGGACUGUGUUAGGUUUGAAUUUGUAAAUACACCUCCUUAAAGUUGUGUUUGUUUUAUUUUAUGGGGUGUCCAGACCUAAUGGAGUUUGUGGAGUGUUUGUAAGGGGUUAGAUACUGUAUUCCAAAGUGAAGAGAGAUGGAGGUGGUGUGAAGACAUCAUAAAGUGUCAAUAUUUGUGUUGAGUUAUUAUUAUUGUCUUUUUGCGCUGCUAAAAGCUAUGAUUUUGUUUCAUUCUUAUAUAUAAAAAAAUAACAUGACUUAGUUGUGAUGUCACUUGAGUGUGCUGCUAUUUUAUAAACAUUUGUAUUAUAAUAUAAUUAUUUUACCGCUUAAGAGAUACAUUCAGAAUACUGAAGUAGAUGGUAAUAGAAGAACAUGAAAUAAGUAUUCGACUGGAAAUGUUCUUUGUACAGGUUGCUUAGAUAGCAUGUUUUCUUUUCAUUUUGAUCUAUUUUGCUCUCCUUUCUCGGUCACAUUCUGCAAAUGCGGUAUCUCUAUACCUCAGGUUUACUGGACAAAAAAAAUAAUAUCUCAAUACCUCACAACUCUACAGUUUUUAGGGAGCCUGGGAAGAGUAACAGUACAGUAGGAAGCACAGUAGUUUGUCUGUUGUGAAAUGUACUGACCGUGUUGGGUGGCAUACAUGCAAGGCUCCCACCUGGACUUAAACCCUAGUGGAUGGGACACAACAACCAGUCACCACUUCCUCAGUCAGUUUAAAGUGAUACCAUGUUCAUUGUGGUGCUAAAUGUGAGAUUCAUGUGACAUUCAUUGCAAAGACAAAUGUGAAAAUGUCUCAAAUAUCUGAUGAGUAUAUGGUUUGUACCAAUUACAUUGAAUGUCAAUAGAUUUUGGUUCCUAAGCUUGAUUUGAUGAGCUUAGUUGAUCUGGUAUGUGCCAGGUUCUAUUGUCUGGAAAACCAAUACAAAAUGGCUAAACCAAUCAAUCAAACACCUCACCACAUACUGUAUCUGACAUGAGGAAGUGUGUUUCAACAGCGUGGAUUUCUCUUUAGUUGUCCCCAUCCACUAUAAAUUACAUCAUGUACCUCAGAAAUGUCUGUUGCACAACCUCUGUUCAAUAAACUUCUGCUUUAAAGAGUGUGACACCAUAUCAGUCCAAUGUUAUUCUCACUUCUGUUUUCUUUUUGUAUGUCAUUAUGGUUAGUGGAGCAGAUUGUGAGAUGUGAUUGUGAACAUACAGUGAGGUGAACAUUAGAGGUUGCUGUAGUCAUGAAACCAAAAGGACUGGGGAGAUGUUAGUGGAGUGGAGCUGAGAUUGUGUGGCGGGUGGCAGGCCACAGUCUUGUUUUAAAAACAAAAGCUAAGAUGACGGACAUCAUGUCCAACCAAAACCAACCAAAAUCUCCCAUUAAGAACGUAGACAGCUUAAAUCAAUUGGAUGGUAGACAAACAAAUAAGGCGAAUCUGGUUAUUUCUGUUGCUUCCCCUGUAUGACAUCCUUUUAAACACACUCUAAUCAGUCCAGUUUCAGGCAAGUGGGGGAUUGGUGUCUGAGUUUGUCCUCUUACUCUGGGGCUCUAAGGCACUCUUAUGCAGCUUGUUAGGCUGUUUUUUGGGGGGACUGGAUCAUGUAGGCCUUGUAAGUGAAUACGUUGGUUUCAAAGUUCUGUAUUGACAACUUCUGUUUAUGAUUAAUCAGCUCUAUAUUGGUCUGUUUGAAAGGAUCAGUUAAAGUGUUGUUAAGGAUCAAGGCAUGCUGUAUGAUCAAUAAACUCACCAUGAAUGAAAUGAA